UUCACCCUACAGAGAGAGACGGACGCAGUGCUCUCCUGCUCACAGCCGCCGCCGCCGCAAACACCCAGCUUUCCCACGCCGGAGAGCGGCCAGCCCCGAUGGACUCGCCGCAGAUCCCCGACGAUCUUUUCCCGGAGAUCUUCCUCCGCGUCCCCGACCCAGCCGACCUCGUCCGAAUCUCCGCCGCCUGCGCCUCCUUCCGCAGCCUCGUCGCCUGCCGCUCCUUCCUCCGCCGCUACCGCAAGCGCCACGCCCAGCCCCUCGUCGGCUUCUUCGAUAAUCAGCGAGUCUUCCACCCCGCCGAACCUCCUUACCCCUCCGCUUCGGCCGCCAAAGCCGUCGCCCUCGCCGCCGACUUCUCCUUCCCCUUCCUCCGCGCCCCAGCCAGCGCCUGGCACAUUUUCCAGAUCCGCGACGGUCGUGUCCUCCUCGGCCGGGACCCCUACGACUUCGAGGAGCUGGUGGUGUGCGACCCCUUGCACCGGCGCCACCUCCUGCUGCCCCGAAUCCCUGCACUCGACGAGUGGCUUCCUUCGGCCACGACCGGCGGGAUAGGAUGGCAGAUCUUCCUCCUCGGCGGAGGCGACGACGACGACGAGGAGGCUGCGGAAGAGACUUCUUUCAGAGUGAUAUGGAGGGCAGAGCGUGAAGAUGAUGGUAAUCAGGGCGCCUUCGUCUUCUCUUCCAGCACGGGACAAUGGCGAGCUGCUCCGCCGUUGUCAGGGUUGGCCUCCUUCUCCUGGCGCCAAUAUGUGCAUGGCUGCUUGUACGGGAUGACAGAUUGCCGGGAGAAGCUACGUGUGCUCGACACCCGGACGAUGGAGUUCUCACUCCUCGACCUCCCGCUGGAAGCCAGAGGUUAUGCUUAUGUGUAUGUAGACGUUGUGGAGGCAGGGGAGGGCAUCACUGGGUUGUUUGUGCGACCAAGGGGGACACCUGAAAUCAGAUAUUUCACUAGGCGAAACAGUGGUCUGAGUUCCAGCCAGUGGCAGUUGGAGAAGAUAGUCUCACUGGGUUCUUCUCAAUGGCAGUGGGCGGGUUCACCAAGGCCGAACUUGUUCCUGCGUCACUGCGGAAGCCCAUCGCUUGAUGGUGGCCUUUUCUCACUGGAUAUCAAGACAUUACAGCUUGAGAGGGUGCUUGGAUCAGAGUCUAGCAUGCUUUACCCGUGGCCAUGUACCAACUUUCCACCAUUUCUGUCGACACCAACAGUAUCAAGUGAUACUCAGGAAGGUGAUGAGAAGGAGAUGCCGGAACAAGGUGCUGAGAUGCUGCAAGAUGACGAGCCCACAGGUAGCCUUCACGACGAGCGCACUGCUGAUGACGUGAAUGCUGGAGGCCAGGUCGGUGUAUCAAGGACUUGAAAUGGCGCUGAUUGAGGUUGUUGCUGCGACUGGGCAGUUGACCACAGGUUGAUCAUCAAUACGGUACUGGUAACUUGUGGCUCUGUCUGUCUUUAAUAUGGUUAUCUAACAUCAACAUGGAGUUUAUCUUGUGUGCCUUGAUCUGGCAAUGAUCGGUUCGUCCGUCAAAUGAGGUAGCAAGAGUAUUAGCUUCAUUUGUAUUUUACUAGUUUAAUUAUGACUAUGUGGUUGUGAUCGUGCUGUAUGCCUGCCCCAUGUGGCAUGAAUGGAACCAGUCAGGUACUAUGACUAUGAAAUUAAGGAGGGUAAUGAUCUACUCCA